AUGUCCGUUGCUGAUCAAAUCCCGGGUGAACCCGAGUUCAAAAUGGACCGAUUUGGACCCGCGCUUCAGCACCUCCCGACAUCAGCGAAAGGGUUUGAGGUUCCGUAUCCGUUGGAUGAUCCGCACAUGAGCGAACAGUUGAAUUUCUUCAAAACUGCGACUCUGAUUGAAGAUUCAGAAGAAUUGAAGGCACAUAUUCUUGCCAUUCGAGAUGAAUGCUGCAAAGCUUUCCCGUUUCCAUGCAUCUUGUCACCGGAUACCCAAAAUAUCUUAAUGGAUAUCGGCGCUGGUAUGGGCACUGACUUGAGACAGAUCGUAUCUCAUGGAUGGAAUCGUGCCGAUGUCAUUGGCAUGGACAUAACUAGAGAUUGGGAGACUUUGGGAUACAAACUCUUCAGAGAUUCUGAGCGCCCCAUACCGAGUUUCUUAGGGGACAUUUUGAGCACAGAAGUCUUGAGCGCUUCUGCGCCUGUCGAGGUCAUACCCCCGAGGAUCGAUCUCCGCUCAUUGAAAAGUCUCAAUCCCUUGAAAGGGAGGGUGAAGUUUUUGAUUUUGAAUCAAGUAUUCCACUUAUUUGACGAAGCGCAUCAAACCAUUCUGGCCGAGCGAUGUGCGUUACUAUUAUCCGACGAAGCAGGAAGUGCGAUCUUUGGCAUGCAAAUGGGCGGCUACACGAAGGGAUUCGAAUCCAAGGUUUUUGUCCAUUCCCCAGAAUCUUGGAGAAACAUGUGGGACUCGAUCUUUGGCCCAAACAAAGUGAAGGUGAUUGCAGAAUUGGUUGACCUGCCUCCAUGCCAAAGAAAUGCCCUCAAAACACUUUUUCCAACUAGUCGAGAUAUUGUUAGAUUGUAUUGGUCCGUCACUAGAAUUUAA